GCUGUCAGUCAAAUGCAAGAACUGUUGUGCCUUUUCCAUUGCGUUACUGUCGUCUUGAUUUUAUUUUCAAGUUUUCAACAUUUUGUGAUAAAAUAAUACUUUUUUAUUUAUAUCGAAUAAUAUGUAGUUAGCACUUGUUUUCCCAAUAUACAGUAAAAGUCAUUUAUACAUUAAUACUGACAAUAACAUUACAAUUCUUCAGUAUAUAGGUACGUCGGCACCAUAGGUCGGCUCUUGCCAUCAUUUACAUAGAUAAAUCAUCAAUCUGUUAGUUUUUCACAUAGUGUAUUGGUGUUAGUCUUGUUUGUGUACGUUCUCGCACAACACCUAAUUGUAUAGCAUGGCAAGUGCAAGUGAUAGUAAAAUGGCAGCGGCUAGUAAAGCAGCUUUGCCUCCAUCUAGUGAUGAGAGUACUACUGUCUUCUCUAUGAUCUAUAGGUUCUUUAAAAAGGUGUCAAUAGUCGGCGUGGUGUACCUGGUUGGGUACAUGCAAUGGAGCGUGGCCUGGCUGAUCGGGCCCGUGGUGCUGUCGGUGCUGCGCGACCAGUGGCGGCGCGACAGCGAGUACCGCCGCAACCUGGCCAAGGCCGCCGCCCUCUCCUCCGAGAAGGAUGUGGUGCUCGCGAGGCUCGACGACUUGCCCGCUUGGGUCUUUUUUCCUGAUAUCGAGCGCGCUGAAUGGCUAAACAGGAUUUUGCAGCAAGUAUGGCCGAAUGUAAAUCAUUAUGCGCGCAGUCUUCUGAAGGAUUCCAUCGAGCCAGCCGUCGCAGAAAGUUUAGCUAACUUCAAACUGAAUGGGUUCAAAUUCGAACGCAUGAUACUGGGCACAAUCGCGCCACGCGUCGGCGGCGUCAAGGUUUACGACAAGAAUCUCUCUAGGAAUGAAAUUAUUAUGGACGUCGAUCUCUUCUAUGCCGGUGACUGUGAUAUAUCUUUUGUACUUCAACAUGUUCGAGGAGGAAUUAAAGAUCUCCAGAUCCACGGCAUGGUCCGCGUGGUGAUGAAGCCGCUGAUCUCCAAGAUGCCGCUGGUGGGCGGGCUGCAGGUGUUCUUCCUCAAUAACCCCGCCAUCGACUUCAACCUGGUCGGCGCGGCCGACGUGCUCGACAUGCCUGGCUUCAGCGACAUCUUGCGACGUUGCAUCGUGGAGCAAGUGGCCAGGAUGAUGGUGCUGCCCAACAAGCUGCCCAUCAAGCUCAGCGACGAGAUUCCCACCGUCGAUCUGCGCAUGCCUGAACCUGAGGGUGUCCUGCGAAUUCAUCUCGUCCAAGCCCAGAAUCUCAUGAAGAAAGAUGUAUCAAUGCUAGGUAAGGGUAAGUCAGAUCCAUAUGCGAUCAUAACGGUCGGCGCUCAGCAAUGGAAGACCAAACACAUCGACAACAACGUCAACCCCCGCUGGGAAUACUGGUGUGAGGCGAUAAUAAGCUCGCGGAAGAGCCAGCAGCUGCAGUGCGACCUAUGGGACUGGGACCCGGGAAUGGGGAUUCAGAACGAUGAUUUUCUUGGCAGGUGCUCGCUGGAUAUAUCGCAAGUUGUACGGUUUGGCAGAAUAGACACGUGGCAGACGCUGCAGCAAGCCAAGCAUGGUAAAGUGCACUUGCGGCUGUCCUGGCAUCGGCUGUCUUGUGACGCGCUGGAUCUCAGCCAUGCCAUCACAGAAACUCAACUGAUCAAGACCGGUGAUCUGAGCUCAGCUGUACUCUCCGUUUAUAUCGACUCCUGCAAAAAACUACCUAACGCCCGGGCAUCGUCUCGUCCGGACCCGUACCUGACGGUGUCGGUGGGCCGCAGGACUGAGACCACGGCCGUGCAGAUGCGCACCGACGACCCCGUCUACGAGAUCGGCUUCUCCUUCCUCGUGCAGAACCCGGAGAUCGACACGCUGGAGAUCAAGGCCAUAGACUCGAAGACGUCGAGUCAGCUGGGUCAGCUGGUGUACUCCAUCUCGUCGUUGCUGAAGCAGAAAGACCUCAGUCUGCUGACGCAACCCCUGAUGCUGCAGAAGUCGGGCCCGGAAUCCAAGAUUAUCCUGUCUUUGCAACUUAGGAUUUUGAAAGAGGCCGUGAAAGAGGAUGACGUUGAGGAUGAACCUGUGGGGGCACCAGCGAAUAUACCCGCGGCCCCCUCCCCCUCCCCCGCGCCCGUCCCCGCUGAUGUCACUGACAAGCCGCAGGACACGCCGUCCGAACAACCAGCUCCGUCCUCUGAAGCUGAACUGAAGAAUAUUGACGACCAACCUUCGGAUAAGACGUCGCAAAAAUCUAUACCUGUAGAGCAAAUAGUCAAAGAAGAGGUAGACCAAGAUUAUCAAGCGCCAACGCCAGGAAGGCAAUCUCCUAAACUAGUCCAUAGAACGUCGUCCUUGACCACAUCUGCCGGAGAAGCGGGCCUGGGACGGAUCCUGCUGUCACUCCGAUACAGCAUGCAGAACCAAACUCUAUUUAUCGUAGUUCAUAAAAUUAUGCACAUACCGCUCAAGGAUCCAAGCAAUGUGCCCGACCCCUAUGUGAAGCUGUAUCUAUUGCCAGGCAGAAAUAAGGACUCUAAACGCAAAACUAUUGUGGUGAAGGACAGCUGCAUGCCGGAGUACGACGAGCAGUUCGAGUGGGUGAUCCCCCACGCGGAGCUCCACUCCAGACAGCUCGAGGUCACCGUCGCCACGCACAAGGGCUUCCUCGGUGGCAGUCCAGUCAUUGGACAGGUAAUAGUACAUCUCAAUCAAUAUGAUUUCCGCGAGGCGAAGACUAUGUGGUUUGAUCUUAUGCCUGAAUCGUCUCCCAGGGAAUAAUUAUUAUUUAAAUGUAAUUAUAACUCCCCUCCAGCCGGAGGUUCAAAAUAUUAUUUUCAACAUGAAUCUGUUUCUUAUGAUUUACUAUUUUUGUUAAUUAUAUUGUAUGAAUAUAAAAGAUGCCAUAACAAUAUUUUUGUAUUAUAUGUUGGCAAAAUGAAGGCUUAAUUUGUGGCAGCAUUUUUUGUGGUUUUGUUUGUGAGUAUUACAAUGAGAUGUGUAGUUUCCAUGGAAUUAGUAGGUACUGUUACGUAGUACCUACUAAUUACAUGGUAGUUUCAACAUGUGAAUAAUUUAUAUGAACACUUCAAAUUUUGUGCACAUUUGUUACAUGGCAUGGCGACAAAUAUAGAAUCAAAAAGUGACAAAAUCUGUUUCAUAAACAAAGUUUAAUGCUUCUGUUCAUUUUAUUAAUAAUAUUGUUUUUAUAUAUAAUAGUAAUAUUUAUACAUCU